AUGACAACUAACGAGAUCGUCACCCGAGAGCUCAAGAAGCCUAUUACUGUCGCUGAGUAUCUCUUCCACCGUCUUCACGAGGUGGGGGUCCGCUCAGUGCACGGUGUUCCCGGUGACUACAAUCUCGCAGCUCUAGACUAUCUGCCAAAGUGCGGUCUCAACUGGGUGGGUAAUUGCAAUGAGCUCAAUGCUGGUUACGCUGCGGAUGGUUAUGCCCGAGUCAAUGGUAUUAGUGCCUUGAUCACUACCUUCGGAGUUGGCGAGCUGUCAGCCCUCAACGCCAUUGCUGGCGCUUACUCCGAGUACGUGCCUAUCGUUCACAUCGUGGGUCAGCCCAGCUCUCAGUCCCAAAAAGAUGGAAUGUUGCUCCAUCACACUCUCGGCAACGGCGACUUCGACGUCUUCACCAAGAUGAACACCGGGGUCUCCUGCUCAAUUGCCCGCCUGACCGAGACUCUCGAGGUCGCAACUCUGAUUGACAACGCCAUUCGCGAAUGCUGGAUCCGCAGUCGUCCCGUCUACAUCACGCUGCCUACCGAUAUGAUUACGAAGCAGGUUGAAGGCGAGAGACUCAACACGAAGCUGGAUCUGUCCCUUCCCGCCAAUGAAACCGAGAAGGAAGACUACGUGGUCGACGUUGUUUUGAAAUACCUCCAUGCCGCAAAGAAGCCUGUCAUUCUGGUUGAUGCCUGUGCUAUUCGCCACCGUGUUCUCGAUGAAGUUCACGAUCUAAUGGAGGCCUCUGGCCUGCCCACGUUCGUGGCACCAAUGGGCAAGGGUGCCGUGGACGAGACGCGAUCCAACUAUGGAGGAGUCUACGCCGGAACGGGUUCGAACGCAGGUGUGCGCGAACAAGUCGAAUCCUCGGAUCUUAUCUUGAGCAUCGGUGCCAUCAAGUCUGAUUUCAACACCAGUGGAUUCACGUACCGUAUCGGACAGCUCAACACCAUCGAUUUCCACAGCAACUACGUGCGCGUGCGUUACUCCGAAUACCCUAACAUCAACAUGAAGGGGGUCUUGCGCAAGGUCAUCCAGAAGCUGGGUAAGGUGAAUGCCGAGCCGGUUCCGCACCUCUCCAACGCAUUGCCCGAGGAAGAGAAGACUUCUUCAGCCACCGAGAUCACUCACCAGUGGUUGUGGCCCAAGGUCGGACAGUGGCUUAAGGAAAACGACAUCGUCAUCACCGAGACUGGUACGGCGAACUUUGGUAUCUGGGAGACCCGAUUCCCCGCCAAUGUCACCGCUAUCAGCCAAGUCCUUUGGGGCAGCAUUGGAUACUCGGUCGGCGCCUGCCAGGGUGCUGCUCUGGCGGCUAAAGAGCUCGGCAAUCGUCGCACUGUCCUCUUCGUUGGCGAUGGUAGUCUCCAGCUUACGGUGCAGGAGGUGAGCACCAUGAUCCGAAACAACCUCAACCCCAUCAUUUUCGUCAUCUGCAACAACGGCUACACCAUUGAACGAUACAUCCACGGCUGGGACGAGAGCUACAACGACAUUCAACCCUGGGAUCACAAGGCCCUGCCGACCGUCUUCGGAGCCAAGGACAAGUACACCGGCCACAAGGUCACCACUCGCGACGAACUGAAGCAGCUCUUCGCGAACGAAGAAUUCAACUCGGCUCCGCACUUGCAGUUGGUUGAGCUUCACAUGCCCAGGGAUGAUGCCCCCGCCGCGCUGAAGAUCACCGCCGAAGCGGCUGCUGCGAGAAACAAGUAAUGAUAAUGACCACGAACCGCCAAUCGAGCAACUCGCCCGCCGUCUUUCCCGCUCCACGAUCCGUUGGUUGUAUUCCAAGUUGGAAAAGAAAAAACCUUAUUUCGAGCAAAGCAG